CGGGGUGCUGGAGCCUAACCCGGCUACUGAUGGGCGAAGGCGGGGUACACCCUGGACAGGUCUCCAGUCUGUCAAAGGCCUAAUUCAGGCUCUUGUGAAUCGAAUUGAAUCGUUUCUGGAAAUCAUUAUCGAUACCCGGCCCUACCAGUUAGUGAUGUCCUUUAAUAAUGACAUUUUCCUGUUUCUUACUGUGUUUCAUUUUAAAACAUUUAAUUGAGAAUUCUGGAAAUUACUUAUUUUUCUGAAAAAAAAAUUUUUUUUACUAUGUUUCACUUUUUUGAAAUUGUGUUUCUGGAAAUGUGCUCUUAUGUUCCAAAACGUAAUGGUUUUUAAAAUAUUUGAUUUUUUUCUUUUUUUUUUGUGAUUUUUGCAUUAAUGUGAUUUGGACUUCAGGGCCACCAUAAGCCACUCUUGUGCUAAGCUGACAGGUCUGUGUUUGGGCUGAGGCCCCCCGUGUUUGGAGCUGUCAUAGACGCCCCUGCACAGAAUGAAGACUGUCAUUAAAACUGCAGAUCAGACCUCCACACGUGAGUCUGCGCAGACGGGAAUAUGUGACUCACCACAGAUAACACAGGGAGCGAGGCUGUGCGCGCGUGCGAGCGCGUGGGUGUGAGUGGGUGCGUGGUGCUCACACGGUCAGUGUGUUGUGUACCACGCAGCCUCCACGGUGUCUUCAGUCCCUGAUCACGCAGCGGCUCCUCCUCUCAUUGGUCAGCUCCUCUGCACACCUUUGCGCGCCAUUGGUCUCCGCGCCGCACGCGCAUAGCACCCCCCCCCCUCUCCACAGCAGUUGAGAGGAUGAAUGGAAAGAAUCAAAACUGAGAAGCAUUUCAGUUUUCUGUCAUCUGUCAAACUUAGCCUCGAGAAGACGGGGUCCACUCAGAACCCCCCACAAUGACACACCUCAACUUGGAGCUCUGCAGCAUGGAUGUUGAAGAGCAAACGUUAGACACACCAGACCUCCAGGAUGGAGGAGACCUGAGGGCGGCAGAGGCCCUGGUGUCCCUGACUGAGGACUGGAAGACUAGGAAGCGAAGGCGCUCUAGACCCUUAACUCCCUCAUCGGACAGCUCGGAGGAGGACUGGACCUCCUCUGUGUCUGCUUCACAACAGGACUUUCCUUUUUGUAUGACCCCUCCGUACAGCCCACCCCUCUGCCAGACCCCAGGGCUGGUUCAGAACCCACAGCCCCCUGCAGAGGAAACGGCUUCUCCACGGCGGUUCCGGUGCACCAGUGUCAUCCGGCACACUGCAGAUGUGCAGCGCUGGGCCUGCAGCACUCCCCAGGAAGGCAGGUCAGCUGUGGAGGACUCUCAAACAGCUGUGAACUCUCCAAAUGAGUUCACAGAUUAUGAGGGGAGCACUAGUUCAGAGAGGACUUUCCCUAAUUCGAAGAUGGGUUUAAGUGAUGAAGUACUUCCAACCUGCGGGGCUUUGGUUCUUCAGGUCCCUCCCUCUUCCUCCACCUUGAAUAUUCUUCAGAAGCCUGUCAGGACCUCAGAGGAUGAGCAGCUCACCCCCUCACAGACCCAACAGCAGAGCCUUGGAUCACAAGGGCCUUCACCUCUGCAGGUCCUGCUCCUAGUCCCUCAGCCGUCUGCAGCUUUAUACGUUCAGCAAACGCUAGCGACCUCUGGUGGCACCAAGUUUGUGGCUAUUGCCCCAGCACCUCGCGGCUCCCCGUCAGAGCAGAGACACAGCCCGCCACAAAAAGAGGCCGCGAGAGUCCGCAGACACAUUUGUCCUCAGGAAGACUGCGGGAAGACCUACUUUAAGAGCUCCCAUCUCAAAGCCCACAUCAGAACCCACACAGGUGAAAAACCCUUCAGAUGCAAGUGGGAGGGCUGUGAAAGGCAGUUUGCUCGCUCCGAUGAGCUUUCCCGGCACCGUAGAACCCACACCGGAGAGAAAAAAUUCUCCUGCCCCGUGUGCCUGACCCGCUUCAUGAGGAGCGACCACCUGGCAAAGCACGCACGGCGUCACCUGUCUGCUAGGAAGACCCCCUGCUGGACAUUUGGGAUUAGCCAGUCUGCAGACCUGACCAAAAGCAGCCCCACUACCUUCAGCCUCUCUGUGAGGCCGGGGAAAAACUAAAAUAAAAUGAGGGUUGUAUGUCCAAUUUUUUAUUACAUGAAGGUACCUAACUCUAAUACAGGGCCAAAAAAUAAAAUAUUUGAUUUUUUCCCCUGA